AUGUCUUCACAACCAUUCCAGCAAAAGUCGCCAAUCAAGAUUAGGCUGCCUGAGCCUUAUCUCACAACAUACUAUCUCGAGGCCACUGCCGAGGGAAAGCAGUCGUAUCGUCUGCGCAAAGACGAGUCUGCAAAGGAUGGCAAGCCAUUCCCCAAGGCUCUUCACGGCGAUGGCCUAGUCUUUUCCCAAAUCCCAACUGCGGAAUCUGACAAGAUUCCCGAUUCUGAUAAUCGCGAGUAUGCGCGCGCGCGACGAAGUCCCGUCUGGUCGCUAAGCUGGGACAAGGAGACUGCCACACUCGCUCAGACCUGGAUGUUCUUGUACACUUUCUUCACAUACACCUUUGACGUUGAGCAAUUCCGUCUCCGUCUUGAGGGUGCUGGAGCUGAGGAGUUGGCCAAGGCUCUCGUCCUCUCCAUGGUGGCCAUCAACAUGCCUCCCCCUCCCAAGGGUGUUGAGCCUGCGCCCAGCACAGGUGUCGAGGUGCUUGUCUCGCGAAGCGCCUUCUGGCAAGGAUGCGCCUCUCCGUUGGGCCAGCAGCCCAUCUGGCUUCCUACUUGGAACUCUCUGAACGUGACACCUCAUCUGGAGUACGUCAUGGAGCCUACAUCUGAGGUUACUCUUCUGCGUCACCCGCGCCGAACACCCAAGCCCGCUGCCGGCAGCUGCUUCUACAGCCGCUACAUCCCCUCCCUUGACGAGCACUUCAACCUCGUCGCUCUCGACUACGAGAACCCCGAGCACCUGGGUCUGUUCAACACAUGGCAGAACGACCCCCGUGUGGCGGCAGGCUGGAUGGAGACUGGUACUCUUGAUGAACACCGCACAUAUCUCAAGAACAUCCACGAAGACCCUCACCAAUUCGCCGUUCUGGGCUACUUCAACGACAUACCAUUUGCCUACUUUGAGCUGUACUGGGCCAAGGAGGACAAGAUGGGCCAGCACUACGCCUCAGGCGACUUUGAUCGUGGUAGGCACUCACUUGUCGGCAAUGACAAGUUCCGCGGCCAGUACCGUGUCAUGGCUUGGUGGCCCAGUGUGAUUCACUACGAGUUCCUUGACGACCACCGCACUGAGAAUGUUGUCGGUGAGCCUCGUCUGUCCAGCGAGGGUGUCCUUAAGUACGAGAUGAUCUUUGGUCUGCACCAGGACAAGUGGAUGGAUCUACCUCACAAGCGAUCCAACCUUGUCAAGAUCUCUCGUGAGCGCUUCUUCCAGAUCUGCCCCUUCAACCAGGGCAAGCCUCGCGUGGCUGGCACGACGUUUGGCUUUGAGCCCAAGCUGUAA